CCUGGUCAUUCCCUUCUAAAGAGACUCCCCUGGCGGCUGGGCCUGUGCUCUUCUGGUUCGAGCUUGUAUGAAUCCCUGACAGUGAGCUGUGGCGCCCGCUUCGAAAGAGCAGCGGCUCCUCGCCCGCCCUGGGUGCCCCCGAUUCCUCUCACCCACAAAGUGCUCUCCGAAGUGAUCCGAGGCACGCCGCAGAGCGAGCUUGGAUGCCCAGAGUGCCGCGCUGCCCGCGUGGGGCUGGCCACGAGCUGCUUCUGCCACCCCCGAGCAUUCUCUAAAAAGACGGGGAGCUUGUCAAGGCCCGAUGCAGUGGGGGGUGGCCCUGCGCCAGCCCGUACCCCGGCCUUUGUCAUCUUCUUCUGGGCCGACGUCCGGGAUGGGCCUGUGGUUGGGGGGUUUAUUCCCCCGCAAUGGCGCCCCUGGCCGACAGCAGCCCUUUUCCCCAUCCUCUUCUUGAGGCAGCAGCGAUGGCAGCCAGGAGCCCCUUUUUGUGUCUUCGGGUAUUCGGAGACACCACAAGCCUUUUACGCUACACUCGGGAAGUCGCUGCUCCGGCGCUUCCUGUGCACGUAAACCAGACGCACAGAUGGCCGGGCCUCCUCGCACCUCCUCUCGUCCGGCCCUCGCCAUCUCACCUGCCUCCAUUCUCGUGCCUUUAGCUACGUUCUGCAUGUGGACUGGAAGGCGACGCGACUGGGGGAGGUUCGGGGGAGGCUCCUGCGUCUACUGUACCUGUGAGAAGACCUGCCCUCCGUUGGGUCCGGGUCGCCCAUUUUGUGAGAAACGCCUGUUUGGGGUUAGUUCCUCUUCUGGAGCGUGCCUGGCCUCGCCAGAAUGCGCGGAGCGUCUGCUGUGGCCGAAGGGCUCGUCUUCUCGCGUCUACCCUUUGAGAGAUCCCUAGGAAGGCCCCGCCUCGCGUCUGCACGGAGGCCCUCCUUACCUGAUGAGGCUGGUGAAGCAGCUGAACGGCUUUCCGUCCUGUGCCUUUCACAAUCGUCCCCCCAUAGGUGGAGGGCUGUUGGGCCUCUCUAGGCCCAGCCCCGUGUCAGUGGGGUGCCGUGUGAGAAGCACGGCUCCCGGCGGCCAGCACAGAACAGAGAGAUCCCUAGGCCUGGCCUCCAUCCCAGAGAACCCAUUACUCACUCAGUCGCUGUUCCUGUUCUUCCUAAGGACGGUGUCCCGAGGCACGUGAUGAGGAAGCAGUAGCUGCACCGGAAGGAAGAUUUCCUCUUCACUAAAGAAGCGUCUGUCUUCUGUCCGUUUAAGAUUUACUCCCUGCCCCCACGGGCUGAUUUGGGCGGUUUCCUUCUCUCCCAGAAGAGUUCCUCGUCAGGAUGCCGAGCUCCCUGCGGAAGGUGACGGACUGACCUUCUCUCCGGCCCUCUGCAGCCUUUGCCGUGGCUCCUCUUGAACAUGACUCAUGGGGAAGAGCUUGGCUCCGAUAUGCACCAGGAUCCCGUCGUCUUAACUUACCUCGAAGGGUUACGGAUGCAUCAGGCCGCUGCGAGGCCGGCGCCUGUGGUCGACAGAAAGCCCUCGGGGCUCGGCGACGAGGGCCAGAGCUUCAAGAUUUCCGGAAGGGCGGUUCCUGGCGGCCAAAGCAAUGGUCCGAGUGUCCGGCCGAGCACGUGUCAGGGCUCCGGCGUGCUGCACCUCAAGAAGGCCCGGCUGCUGCAGUCGUCGGAGGACUGGGACACCCCCAAGAGGAGGCGCCUGUCCGAUUCCCUCGUGGACUUGGACGUAAAGCCGGAGGCGCUGCUCGCCGGCAUGGUCGGAGAGGCGCCCAAAGGCAAGCAGGACAGCACGCUGCUGGCGUCUUUGCUGCAGUCCUUCAGCUCCCGGCUGCAGAGCGUCGCCUUGUCCCAGCAGAUCAGGCAGAGCCUCAAGGAGCAGGGCUGCCCCCUGAAGGCGGACACAGACGCGCGCUGCUACGGCCUGGCGUCCACUCACCUGAAGACCCUCCUGCGCAGGAGCAAGACCAAAGAGCCGGAGCCGGCGGCAGACCCCCCCGACGGCGCGGCCGAGGCGACCGGCGAGCCCCUGUCGUGCGCCGCGAGGCUCCAGGCCGUGGCCAGCAUGGUGGAGAAGCGGUCCAGCCCCGCGGCCUCGCCCAAGCCCAGCGUGGCCUGCAGCCAGCUGGCGCUGCUGCUCUCCAGCGAGGCGCACCUGCAGCAGUACUCUCGGGAGCACGCGCUGAAGGCGCAGAGCGCCCACCAGGUGGCGAGCGAGAGGCUCGCGGCCAUGGCCAGGCUCCAGGAGAGCGGCCUCCGGGACCGCCCCCAUUUCCCAUCGUCCAGAGCGCUGGCGAGCCCCGCCCACGGCCCAGCCAGGCCGUCCUCCAGCGAGUCGGGAGCAGCCCUCCCCUCCCCCCCUCGGAGCGCCGACUGCGGGAGCGGCCUGAGACAGGCGAGCAGCCACAGCUUGCUUCUGCACCUUCUCAAGAGCCAGAGCGCGGCCGGGCCAGCCGGCGGGCCCGAGCAGCCGGAGCGGGGCUCCGCCUUCGAGGGGAGCAGCGCCAGCACGACCGACGACGGCUCCGACCCCAACCCCAGCUUCACCGAGGACGACAGCAGCGGCGACGAGAGCUCCCACUCCAACUGCGGCCCCAUCGACCUGUCCUUCAAGCAGCGCGUGCAGAGGCCCGAGGCCGGCCGGCCGGCCUCUCUGGACAGCCUCACGCAGUCCCUGCUGCACACGUGGGACCCGCGGGGCCCGGGGCUCCGCACGGAGGAGGAGGCCCCCCGCGGCGCGCGCCUGAACCCCCACCAGAAGGUCACUCUUCUCCAGCUGCUGCUCGGCCACAAGCACGAAGAGCGCCCGGAGCAAGCGGCUGCCGCUCAGGGAUCGCCGGGCUCGGCGCCGGGCAGCCAGCGGGAAAGCCCCGGCGUGCCCCGGGCGGCUCCGCGCAGCACGCCGCCGUCCCUGGCCUGCGCAGCCGCAGACUCGCCCCUCAACCUCUCCCAGCAGCCUCUGGGGCGGCGCGCCUCGCCGCAGUACCUGUGUGCUGUCCAGCCCCAGCCACUGGCGAGCCCCGCGGCCAGACACCUGGUGGACCGCAGCCCCGGGCGGGAGCUGCCGGCGGCCAGCCCGCCCAGCGCCGCGGCCUUCAGCGCCAGCAAGCUGCUGCAGAACUUGGCCGCGGGGGCCGCGGACGAGCCCAGGGCCUGCAGGCCACCACCGAAGCCCGCGGGCCUGGGGGAGAGGCGGGGCAGCCCCCAGCAGGCCUUCCGCAGUCCGCCGGAGCCGGGGCUCUCCGGCUCUGAGAUCGAGAACCUGCUGGAGAGAAGGACCGUCCUUCAGCUGCUGCUCGGCCACGGCAGCAGAAACAGGAGCGAGAAGCAGGACAGAGCGCCAGACGAGAGCUGCCGAGAGCAGGCCGAGAUACUGGCCGUCCAGAUUAAGUCGGAGCCCUGCGACGAUCCGCCCGUCCUGCCCAGCGGCCACCGCCCGACUCACGGGCUCCUCGGGGCGCUUCCGGCCCUGCACAGGGGUGCAGCCGCCUCCCCCUCCGAGGACCUCAAGGCGGAGCCGCCGUCGCCUCAGGACUUCUCCAGGAAUGGCCUCCUGAGCCGGCUGCUGAGACAGAACCAGGAGGCCCCCCUCACCGACGGUCAGCUCUUAGAGCCACAGGGACGCGCAGUGGCGCCCAAGAAGAGGAAGCUGCCCGGGGAGCCCGCACAGAGUCUGUUUAAGAAAAGGAUGAAGAGUCAGCCCUGCCCGGAGGAGCCCCGCGGGGCCAAGUGGGGCGGAAGUGACCUCCAACUCGGGCCCUCGGCCGGCCGUGACCCGGGCAGCGAGCCCCCAGGCGGGCACUGGCAUCGGGAGAGCCAAGGCUUCAACGUGCUGAAGCAGCUGCUUCUCUCUGAGAACUGCGUGAGAGACUUGUCAGGGCACAGGAAGAGCACAGCCAGCGAGGGCAGGAAGAGGGGAGGCAGGAACCACGUCCUGCACGGCGGGCCGGACUUGAGCCUCUGCUCGCUGAACGGUCAGCUCGCCAGUUGUCUGGGCAGCAGGACCUUCCCGUACGCGGGGGCCGGCCCGGGCUCCCCCUACCAGGGUUCUCCGGAGCCCCUGGCCAGCGGGGCCUCCACGCAGGAGGCCGGCCCGCUCAGCGUGUGCCCCAUCCCCGGCGAGAGGGGGCCCAUCAAGUGGGUCAUAGCAGGCUUGGAGAAGAGCGAGUGUGCGAGAGACUCGCCGCGGCUGACCAAGACCAACCCCAUCCUGUACUACAUGCUGCAGAAGGGGGCGAGCUCCGGGGGCCUCCGGGACGCCUGGAGCGAGUCACCGGCCAGAAGCACGGCGCGGGUGGCAGUCAAGGAGGAGCUGAGCAGCCCCUGCGAGAGCCCCUCCCACGGCCGGAACGCCAGCGGGGAAGCCUACGGACUCCUGCAGAGGGUGCUCACUAUUAAGAAGGAAGCCGAGUGAGUCCCUGCCGGCCGCCUGCGCAGCUGAACUUGAGCGUUCUAGACACGAGAGCAUGUUCUCAGGACUGUUUGGGAGCUUCGUGAUCCCUGCGAUGUGUAGACUAGGCAGCGCUGCUUCCCGCUCUACACUCGCUGUCGCCCCGCUGCCGGUCGGUUAUAGAGCACUUCCCAAAGGCCUGUGGGAGUGUGCGGGGCUCUCCAGCUACCCGGAAUCAGAAUCCGUGGCAGCAUUAGCCCAUCUUCCUCCAGUUCGUGCUCCAUGGACCUGAUCCCACUUUGGGGAGGCAGAAACAGCGGUAGCUUCUAUUUAUGUGUCUGUGUCUGUGUGUGUGUGUGUGUGUGUGUGUGCGCGAGUGUGUGUGUGUGUAUGCACGUGUGUACGUGUGUGCAUGUGCGUGUAUAUAUAAAUUUUAAGGAGUUGUAAAUACAUAGACAUAUUUCUGUAUGUAGCAUUUUUAAAGGUUACUUUUAAAAAUCGCUACAUUGAGAACAUAGUGCCUGCUUAUUCCUCCUUCUUGGACCCAAAAGAGAAGCUUGAGAGCUCUGCACAGAGAAGCCCCUCUUCUCCGCAUGGGAGAGGCCCAGCCCAGCCUUCCCCGACGUCCUCCCGGACUCCUCGCUGUCUCUUUCACUGCCCAGCCGGUGGGAGCACUAUGGGGGGGGGGGGCUGUCAGCUCCUUCUUGGGAAUGGUGGUCUUCCGUUCCAGCCCCUCGAUCCCCUCACUGUGCCCAGCCGCACUCCCUCCUCCCUGAGAAUCGGGAACUCUGACGUGCUGCCCAACAGCCCCGAAAGGCUCUCCCUCCCUCCACCGUCUCUUCGCGCUUCGCCCGAGAACCCAGAGCCCGAGCUUGGGAGCCACGCCACCCUUAGGGUGUCUGCAGAUCCAGCUCAGACCCUUCUUACAACAAUCAGUGGGCCGAGGCGGGAGGGUCAUUGUCUCAGGAAAAUCAGCCGGUUGUCUCCGUUGGCCACAUCUACUUCGAUAGCCCCGAGCAAGGGACUCGCGUGAGCUGUCCAUCCUGCCUCAUCUCGGCAGGAUUCGAGUCCAGGUCCUCUGACACCAGAGCCAGCUCUCCCCACUGCGCCACACUGCCUGACCUGCACGAAGCGGCCACCCCAGAAAAGCGCUCCCGUGUCGUGGGAAGCCGAGAGACGACGGAGCGUGGAGGGACGUGGCCAUUGGACGGGCGGGCGGACAAGCAGGCAAUCUGGGCAGCAGCAGGUGGCCCGGAGUCGGCAGUGGGCCGUGCGUGUCCGGCGGCUCGAAGGCAGGCCCUUUUCUGGCUGGGAACGAGGGCUUCUGACGGCCAGUCGGAUGUCGCCUCUUAGAGACACUGAAACUUUUAAAGUGGAAACGUUGACUCGUCCUCGUCGACAGCCUCCUUGAUGUCGGAGGCUCCGCCCACAAGCGGGCCUCUUGAGGAUUUCUGGCGCCGCUAGUCGUCCUGUUGCACCACCAGAAUCAGCCGUGAGGAUAGAGGGAGGGGGAUCCGCAGGCACAGUGGUGGCCGUCCUCAGAGCUCUGGGAGCUGUUCAGAAGAGCUAAGCGGACCCCCUGUUCUGUAAGCAGAGGACGGUGACGAGUGUGAGAGGGGCUCCAGAAUUGCCGCUUCUUUGGCCGGCCUUGGGAAGAGGGUUCUCGGAGAAGUUCCCACUUGAUAUUGCGGAGAAAGGGAGCUCACUGGAGCCUGGCAGACCCCUCCAGAACUUCCCCCAUGAGACUCCUUUGAGGGGGCGCUGCGGCUCUCCCGGACAUCAGGGAGGAGCUUCACCAGCGUCUUACAGAAGAGCGGGCGGCUUUUAUACACCUAUAAAUAUAUACAUACAGAGUGUACAUACGUACCUUGACUUGUUACACAUGAUGCUGAAACCGAUUUUUCAAAGUGAUGUAAAUAGUGAUUUCCUUAAUGAAAAUACAUAUUUUGUAUUGUUCUAAUUCAGAGGAAAAGCCUUUUAACCUCAGAGUUCUGUAUAGCCCCUGUAUAAGUGUACAUAGGAGCAGAUAGAUUUAACAUUUGUGCAUGUGUGUAUACGGUUGCAAGUCUGGGAAGAAUGUAUAAAAUAAGCCUUUUAUUUAAAGUCGUGAUUACCUGCUGCAUGAAGCAUGCAUGGGGGACCCUGUGCAUAUGGCAACAUGUCUUAAGUCACUCAGAUGUCCAUCAGAAAUAACAGUAUUCCAUGUUGGGACUUCACUUUUGCUGUGGUAUUUUAAGCUUUGUGAAAGGAUAUGCUUUGAAUCCAAGUGUCCAAGAGAAUCAAGCGAAUGACUUUUUCGACAUAAAGAGCCCACACUAUGGUCAUUGAGUUUUAAUCCAUCGAAAACAAAAGCAAAAUAUUGUCUCGGGAGUAUCCUAAUGCUAGAAAAGAACGGAGCGUUACAUUUCAUUAACAUCCAUGAUCGAAAUGAGGAGGUUGACACAACCAGUUUUGUUAUGAUGUGCUCAGUUAUAUAACUUGUCAUUUUUAUUAAAGUUUAAUUUCUUCAUGUGGCGUCAUAAAACUGUGCAUACUGCAGUGUGAAGGUUUUUGUUUUUGUUUUCGUUUUUUUAAAUCUUCCGGUGUUUACUUCCUGCGGUGGAUUUGAAUAAAUGAGAAAAAUGCAUUGUC